AUGAGUUCUACAGGCAAACUAAAAGCAAUUCGUAAACUGAUACUUCUUAAAAGCCAAGAACUCGCCCCAACCUUAGGAUUUAGCCCAAACCUCUUCCAAAUUGCUGCUAAAGAAACUGCAGUGUCUCCAGUAAUCCAUAAUUAGGCAAUAAUCGGACAUAUAUUUCCAGAGGGCCCUGUCGCACUGGUAUAUCAUUUAAUGGAGUCUUGGCAGGAAAAAUUAAAUGAAGAUGCAAUCACAAAUGAAGUCGCUAAAAUGAGCACAAAAGAAAAAGUUUAUUAUUUCACUAAAAGAAGAAUGGAAUACAUUAUACUUUUUAAUAUAAAUAAUAAACCAUCAUAAAUUGCUAUAAAUAUUAUCAAAAUUGCUUUAAAUUGGUAUAUUCCUUAUAAAGAUGUAUGAAAAGAAGCAAUGACAAUGGGUGCAUCUCCAAGCAAUGUUUUUAAUACAACAAAAAUAUUAUGAGACACUUGGGAUUUAAUUUUGAACCUCAGCAGUGAAACACCAUCUCUUCAAUAUUUUGCGAUUCCCCAGCACUUACUUGCAAGAGCUGCAUAUGGAAGAGCAUAUUUAUUCACAGAAAUAUAUUUCCUAACAGACAGCCCAGAUUUCAGCCACACUUGAAAGUUCUUAGAAGGACAAGUAGACAGUUUAUACCAGCAGAAAUCUGCAGUUAAUACCCUUUUAGAUAUUUCUCAGUUUACUUUAAAUGCACAAUAUAGAGUCCUUGAAAGUUUUUAUCCUCAGCCAAAAUUUCAUAAUAAUCCAAUAGUAAAAUAA